UCAAGAGAAAAACAAGACACACACUCGCAAACAGCGGAUAGACGCAACAACACAAACGCGGCGCGCGUGCUGCUGCAGACCCGAAAAGCUGUACGCAGCGCAGAGGCGCACCAUGCCUUGUGCGGACGGUGAGCUGUGCCACCAAUCAGACAAGACGCCGCAAGUCCCAUAUGGCCACGUCUGUCAUGGAGGAUGUGGCGGGCGGCUCCACGGCAACUGCGGCAGCAUGGUUGGCGACAUCGAAACAAGGCGAAUCUGCUGCUCGUGCGUCGCAAGAGCUGGCAAGCGCAAAGAGAUACCAGCUGAGGGUGCUGAGGGUGCUGGGGCGGGACCAUCUCAACGCCCGACGAAGAAGAAAUUUCUUCCGGCUGCGAUGAGGAAGAUGAAACGGAAGAUGGCGGUGGCGGUGCCUGCUAUAGUGCAGGUGCCUGCUAUAGUGCAGCUUCAAGCCGCUACCCUGGUCAUCCUGUGGGAGUCUCUCGUUGUGGAGCUACAGCGGGGAGCAGAAGCUACAGCAGAGCCCACCGCCCGACGCGAUACCGCCCUGAAACAGUUUGAGCAGAAAUAGCCAAUCUGGGCAAAUCUAGCAACUUGUCUAGCUCCUCGCUGCAGCAUCCGAUGACGAUGACACGCAUAUGCUCGCGAAGCUGCUGAUGAGACCUUCAAUUUGCACCGCUUCUUGGAAUAGCCCGUCCCCUACUUGCCAAGAAAUGGCAAGAGGCGUCUGGACCCGAAAUUUCAAUUUUUUUGGCUCUCGCUCUCAAUCAGAUACUUCGCUCUCAAUCAGGCGAAUAUGUUGUUAUACCGGAUUCCUGGACGUUUUCACGUGAAGCAUACCACGAUAUCCUGGCUUCGGCUGGGCUUGAAAUAACCCUUUUGCUGUCCUCCGCUCUUUGCAUCAGUGGCUUCCUAGGUUCGGACGAGGGCAUGUGUGGAGCUAUGGCCGUGUAUGUGUUGCUAUUUUGUUUGAGUAAUCUAGCUGCUGACACGAUGACUGUUGGAUCUUGGGAGUGUACGAUUAUCAAAUUGGGAGAUGCAGCAUACCACGAUAUCCUGGCUUCGGCUGGGCUUGAAAUAACCCUUUUGCUGUCCUCCGCUCUUUGCAUCAGUGGCUUCCUAGGUUCGGGCGAGGGCAUGUGUGAAGCUGAGAUGUUUGUCUUCGCGAAAGAACAUGUAGAGAGAGUCGUAUUGGCAUUCGCAUCAAGCGCAUUGCGCAUGUUUCGAAUUUUGGCCUCCUUCCAGGGACGGACCUUGAUUUUUACCCGCUGGCACUGACGUCUUUUCAUUGGUCAGCCGGUUAGCG